AAAUCCCUUCAGAUAAAGCCGGCCUGUUCUCCAUCUGAAUAUCUUCCACCUCGUCCUUCUCACUCAAGAUGAAUCCUCGCUGGCUGCCGUCACUGUUUCUCCUCCUCAUUACUACCGCCCUCGUACGCGCCGACUGUUCCAGCGACGUCGAUAUCUCCAGCCAGAGCGAUGCAGACAAGUACCUCGCCGACUGCACCGCCUUCAAAGCCAACAUCGUAAUCACCUCGUCGGCCUCGGGCGCCAUCUCUCUCUCGGGCAUCACCUCCGUCAACGGCGACAUCACCGCCGCCAAUGCCUCCAGUCUCACCUCGCUCAACGCCUCGUCCUUGACGACCGUCAGCGGCUCCAUCACCGUGUCCGGCUGCGACACCCUCACGGCCAUCUCCAUGCCCACGCUCAAGACCAUCGCUGCCAGCCUCAUCAUCGACGGCAAUGCCGACCUCUCGACCCUCGACGGCUUUGACGAUCUCAAGGAAAUCAAAGGGAAUCUUAACCUGACGGGUGCUUUUGAUACUGUCUCUUUCCCCUCGUUGGACAAGGUAGACGGCAACGUCGAAAUCUCCAGCUCAGGCUCCAUGUCCUGCUCGUCAUGGAAAACUCUCUACUCCAACAACGACAUUUCCGGGUCCUACUCGUGCAGUACAAACGGCAAUAGCGCCAGCAGCAGCAGCAGCAGCAGCAGCAGCAGCAGCAGCAGUAGCAGCAAUCACAACAAUCACCAUUCAAGUUCUCUCUCGGCAGGCGCCAAAGCAGGCAUCGCAGUCGGCGUCAUCGUCGCCGUCGUGAUGCUCAUCGUCGUCAUUCUGUGGUAUAUCCGGAGGAGGAGGAAUGAAGCAUUAUACAGCAGUGUUGCAGUUCACGGUCCUGAUCCGGAAAAGACAAUCGCUACUUCUACUACUCCUGCUAAUACCACGACUUUCGCUGCCGGUGCUAUUCCUACUACUUCUCCUGCUGCUGCUCCUGCUGCUGCUACUGCCACACAAAUCAGACGCAAAACUCAUCCGAAUGACCUCCCCAUGCUUGACGGCGGAGAUGUUAUGGAAGUGCCUGCUUCGUCAGGGGAACGGUUCUACGAGUUGGACGGGGGGUUGAUUCGCGGAACGCACCAGCGGGCAAUCAAUGCUGAAUAGUAUACUUAUGAUAUGAUAUGAUACCCUGAAUAUGAAGAUACGAUAAUUGAUAAAAUAAUAAUAUUGAAUGGUAGAU